AUGUGCGGAAUGAUUACAAGAAAAGAACAGGCCGCUGGUUUAAGGACAUCAGAAAGAAAUACAGUGGCACUAUAUGAUUCAGAAGUAACGCCGAAGAUAAUCAGACCAGUCGCGAGAAACUCUAGUGCUGUAGCAUUUCUGAAGACGGAGCGUAAUCAACGGAGAUUAAAUGCUGAUCUCACUAGCUGCUCUGUUCGAGGUGUUCAAAAUUCUUUUAAACAUUUGAACAAGGAUGAUAUACAAAACAUAUCACAUCAAAGGAGGUCGUCACAUAGUACGUCUGAAAGAAGCUUUUCGAGGACUAGCAAUGUUUUUAUGCGUGCUUUAACGGGACGAUGCCAUCAAAAACCGAAACUAUCUCCCCCCAUGAAUCAUGAUCAAUUUAUGUCAUUUAGUACUCCAUCAAGCCAUCGAAGUUCGAGAAGCAAAAAAUCAAGUUCAAGCUCGACACAGUUAGAUUCACGUAGCUCUGAAUAUUUAGAUACCAAAAAUUAUUAUCACAAUGCUUACAUACAUGACGCAAAUACCAGUCUUGACGCUCUAAUUCCAGUCCAAAAAAAUCAAGACCCAGAGUUAAAAUCAGAAAUUUUAUCGGCCAUUGCCCAGCCUUUAGAUACAUUCAUUUUAUGCCCUGAGAUUGAAAUAACGCCUGAGAUUUCAGCUAUUGGAACAAAAAGCUGUGAUUUAUGGGUUGCAGUCGAAGUUAAAGGAUCUCUUAAAAAGGCAGAUGGAAGCAGCGGAAAAGGCACUACUGGCCAGUCUCUAAUCACGCCAGAAAAUGGAGCUAUUAAGAGUCAGUAUGCCGAAGCUUUCGGCUUUCUCGAAUCCCUAAAGGUUCGUGUUGAGGCUGGCAAAGAUUGCAAGAUCGAUGAGAUAAUUGGGGAUUACAAAGUUAUCCAGAAAAUCAAAGCUAAUCAGACACAUCUAAUCAUAUUACGGAUGCAGUUUCGCGAGAUGGUAGCAGUAAAUAGCGCCCGAACUAUUUCUUCACAAGAUUUGAUUACAGAGCUACAAACUGAUCUGGGGGCUACUCGUUGUCCAUAUAUCACAGUAAAAUUGAGCUACGUUCAUUCUGGUUUCCGUGUCACAGAACAACCAUUAAAGCAAACUUCUGGUAUCAGCUCACAUAAGACAUGGCUACAUACAGAGGCUACUGCUUUAAUCAUGAGGUAUAAUCCCAACUCAGCUUGGUCGCCGCAUAUUGAUCAGAAAACUUCCUUAGCGGAGAAUCCAAUUUUGAGCCUUAUUGAAACAAACUUUCAUAAAAAAAGAGCUCAGGACGCUAUAAGGCGAAUAGCGGUAAGUAAGUCAAAUUUGCCAUCAGCAAGGCGUCUGGUACAAACUUACGAGCUCUUCACCGAUAAUAAUAAAGAGCCCGACCAUAUUUUGCAAAAAAAGUUUGAUACACCGCAUAAUAGCCCCAUACAACAAACAAAAGAAUCCAAUUCGGUAACUCUUCGAGCACUUACUCAUAAACCUCACGAAUUUUCUGAGGAGAUUGAUCCAGCCCACAAGAUUUGGGUCGAUAUGCGUCGGAACUCGCGGAGAAGAUGCACUGAGGUUAAACCAGACGUCAAUCAAGGCUCUAGAUUAAGCAAUCAAGCUUUCAAAAAAAAAUCAAUUUACACUUUAGGCAAUCAUGAAUCCACAGGCCUUGGAAGAGUUUCAAUUGAACAAGAAAGGAACUGGAUUAGGGAAGUGGCUCUCAGAAAUAAAAGAAGUCUUGGUGCUGAGACUCUUAAGAGCAUAGCUCCCAGCGUUGUUGAGACUCAAUUUCCGAAGCUAACAGACGAAUGCACAAGUGGAAUUAGAAUUGGAAAGAGCUGGUGGGUGGGGUUAUUUGUAUGA